AAAUUUUAAAAUUUGCUCAUUUAGAGCGAAAAUUAGCUGGAAACGAAUGAAAGACCUUGCCUCAGAGAAAGAAAAAGAAAAUGAAGCCAAGCGACCUCCUUGGCGUGCCGUAAGCGUAUCAACUCUUCCAAAACCGGAUAAGAAUGCGUUGCUUCGUGCUAAAUUACUCGAUGCGUCCAGGCGUUUAAGAGCUGGUAAAUCAAAUGUGUCUGUCCAAACGGAUUUCAUUCCCGUCAAGUUGAUGAAGGAAGCCACAACAAGUGCGCAAGAUGAUUUGAUUUUACUGAGAGAUAUUGGUAUAUUAACGGAUGGCCAAUAUUCGAUUAAAAAGGAUGGGUAUCAGCAAUAUGUUCUAACAUAUUCUGUGUCCCAGAUGACCGACUGCAUUGAGAAAGCAAAUGUCUCAACACAAACACUUUUGCCCAAAGCAUUCCAGAGAAGCGUCAGUAAUCCGUGUCUAUUCGAAUUUAUGAAUAAUGACAACGAUGACAGCAAUGAGUCUUAUCGAAACCAACCGCAUCAUAUUAACAAUAUGCUCCGCGACUCUACCUUAGCCUCGUGGCAUUUUGAUGAUGACGCUCUUGAAAUGAAUGUCACGCAGCAUUUUAUUCCAUAUACUAUUGAAGCUCUUAAGCCAUGGCGCAGUUUCGUGCCAGUUCCAUUUUAUUUAAGAGGCAACAACCUGGUCGGCAGGCAGAAGGUCGAUUGGUAUUUCCUGCUUCAGUCCAUUGAUGAUCUCAUUCGAGAGUCAAAUAAUUUACUGGAUGGACUGCAAAAAUUAAUACAAAAUAAUAAAAAUAUUCAACAUCAGCGGGUGCAUAAAACUUUGGAUGAGAUAAGAAAGUUUCAUCCAUGCGAAUUCCAAUUUCCUUCUGAUUAUUGGCUGCCCAUAAUUGAGAAGCAAGAAGUGCAGCUACAAUUACUUUUGAACUCAAAGUAA